CAUUUUUCCUCCUCUUUCAGAUCCGUGCUGGAUCAAGAGUCUUGUACAGACCAAUUUCAGCAUCUGUGUUGUCUAGGCCAGAGGUCAAGACUGGAGAGGGCAACUCAACACUUAAUGGGGCCCAAAAUACUGUCUCCCGACUAGCACUUAGAGAAUUCCAGACUAGUGCUAUCAGCAGGGACAUUGACACUGCUGCCAAAUUUAUUGGUGCUGGUGCUGCCACAGUAGGUGUGGCUGGUUCUGGUGCUGGUAUUGGAACAGUCUUCGGUAGUCUAAUCAUUGGUUAUGCCAGAAAUCCUUCUCUGAAGCAGCAGCUGUUCUCAUAUGCUAUCCUGGGAUUCGCCCUGUCUGAAGCUAUGGGUCUCUUUUGUCUGAUGGUUGCUUUCUUGAUCCUAUUUGCCAUGUAAAAGGAGAUCUGCCUGUAGUACUGGCAUUGGAAUGUAACUCUGCAUUUUAUGGGACUCCCAAAAUGUUGGUGUCAUGGAAAUUGAUGCUAUUUCCAAAGUCAUUUCAUUAAAGAUAACAACUUUAACUGUCAA